ACUGUUAUACAGUGGGAGCAGUACUCGGGUGGAACCUUUGUUUCGGGAGUUGUUGUGCCAGGAUUGCACUGGGUGAGGACUUCCGCCAAAGCCUCCGUGUCCUCACUGCUAGCCACACUCGUAUCUGUUCCUACAGGUCAGUUGUUGACUAAAGUAACGAAUACAAUCUCUUUAAAAAAAACAAUAAUAUGCUAAGGGAAGUAAUUUAAACAUAUAGUAGUAUUUAAGCGCUUUCGAAAUAUUGUAAGAUUAUUGGUAGCGUCCGACCACAUUUAGACGACAGUGAGUGCCGUGUCGCGGCCAUUUUGGGUUCAGAUGGCCCUCACUCUUGUCUCACAGGCAAGCUCGCACCAUAUAUUAUCUUAGUUAUUCUGAAAAAACGGGUUUAAACUUUGACAUUACACUGCAUGUGAGAUGUAUUUGUUUCUAUAUGUAUGGCCAGUGUUAUUUAUUAAAUUAGGAAGGUGCUUAUUCUAUGCACUUAUGUAAAGUGAUGGUAUUAACAUGUUUAUGUUGCCAGUGUAAAACCAAAAGAGUGGAGGAAAUUUGGGAAAGGUAAUGAAGGUAUUGUAUGGAUGAAUGUUAUUUGUACUUAUUUGUGACCAUUAAUUGUAGACGAACGUAAUUCUUGUGUGAAUUUUGAAUUUCAAUACAGACACAAGACUAAGAAAUUGGUGCUUUGUGUCCUCACUGCUGUCCACUUGUAUCUGUUUUUACAGAUUGUUGUAUUUUGUUAUUGCAUUAUAGAUGUUAAAUGAAGCUUUUUUCAACUGUGACAUAUGACUCAAAACAAGAUAUUUUCAAGUCCCUUUGACUUAACAUUUUCAAGCUCUAUUGUCGAAGAAAGGUUCUUAAUGUCUCACUGAAAAAUGACUCUUUAGGUGAUUUUGUCUUAUAGCAAAGGAUCUAUUAUGUUCAUUUUUGGGCCCUUUGUAUCGAGUUGUGGACUCCUAUAGAGCAGCUGCACACAAUAACCCACACAGAACCUUUUUCUAGCUCUUACUGAAGGUCUAUGCUAUGGUCUAUACUGGUUCGUCAGCAUAAACCAGCAUAAUUUCUAUGCUGGGUCUGUUCUGGCAAAACAUUGACACAGUUCACUCAUACUGCAUGACUAAGCUAAAAAAAAAAAAACGACCUCGUAUUCAUGUCAGCAGGCCCAGCUUGACCUUUACCUGUCAAGAGUGAGUGUUCAAACGACCUUCACGGCGGAGGAGCGGAUCAAUUUCUUUCUCAAGCAAGGAGAGCCAAAUGAGCACAGCGUUUUUUUUAAUAACGAGUAUCCGUUUUAUAACGAGUAUCCUGCUCAUCCCUAGCAUCAGUCAGAAGACCAAGCUGGAAGUAACAAAUUAAUUUGCCAGUUUCCCGUGUUUAUUUAGUGUAAGUAAGUGGUUGUCUGGGUAGCAUUAUAGCGUGUGCAAACAGGGAGUGUCUUCCCUGCAUGCAUGCAAAUGACAAGCCUUUUUUUCUAGCCUUUUUCAUCACCAUCGAUGGAUCUACCCAAGCUUUUUUUAACACGGGUAGUCCUGCAAAAAACAUGUUAUGACCAAAUUUACGCUACCGAUGUAUCAAGAGAGUAAACGCGAACCCAAGAUACCACUUUUUGGGUAUAUAGAGUCAGGGGUCUCCAGCCAGUAGCCCAUGAGCCCAGUAGGUCCGAAACACUUUUCAAGAACCUCUCCAAAGUGCUUGUUCAUUUAUGGUCAACUCCUACACAGACAAAAUUAGAAAGUGGCUUUCUGAAAUAGUCUGGAAGUCCUCCGGAACGCUUGUGACCGUGGAUGGAAUAAAUUAAAACUGACCGUUUUGGUUAAUCUAAGGAAAUAUGGUUGGAAUAUAGGUGCAGAUUCUGGAAGAUAUAGAAAGCUUUCUGUGUGGGUUAUUGUGUGUUGCUGCUCUAUAGGAGUUCAGAAUCAGAAAAGGAUUAUUGCCAUGUAUGAUCAAACACAUACUAGGAAUUUGUUUUGGUAUAGUAGGUGCAGACACAUCUAUUAAAAAAGAAUGAAAAAUACAAAAUAUACAGAAUAACAGUAUAAAUAUAUGUACACAGUCUGUUUUUUGUUUGUUAUUCCGGAAGUGCAGUCUGAUUGUUUUUCCUAAAAGUCCAAACCAUAUAGUGAAAGUAUAGUGAAAGUGGCAGGAUGAGGCAGAGGUGGGGUGUGAAGAGUGUCAGGUGGGGUUCCGGGCCUUGUUGAUGAGACUGACAGCAGACGGGAAGAAACUGUUCUUGUGGUGUGAGGUUUUGGUCCUGAUGGACCGCAGCCUCCUGCCAAAGGGGAGUUUGUAUAAUAAGUCCCUGUUGUCCACACUGGACCAGCUCUACACCCUCACGAGGGUGCUUGAGGGUGCAUGGGAGUGCUUUGUGGAUCUGGAAAAGACAUUCGACCGUGGCGUCCUUUUGAGGGGUGCUCCGGGAGUACGGGAUUGGUGGCGCACUACUACAGUAAACCUCGGAUAUAUCGGAAAUUCGCUCACAACGGACAGAUAAAAAAGAACCGAUUUUUCUGUAAUGCAUUUCCAAUAAAAAUUCAUUGCAUAUAUCAGAUUUUUUAUAACGGAUUUCGCCUAUUUCGGACAAAAUCUCCAGUCCCGUUCCAAUUUCCCUCGCAUAUAUUGGAUGGCCGCAUCGUGGCGCUCCGAUUCGCCGAAUCGUGACAGGCCGCUAUACGACGUCAUUUGCAGCGUUGCCUGCGCGAUUUAUAUUCACGUCGCUAGGAGUGGUUUGGCGGGAGCGGGAAUCGUCGAAAUCGCUACGACCAUGCCACCCAAACGAAAAACUCUUACUUUUCAGCAAAAGUACGAUGUUGUAAAGUAUGCCGAGGAACAUCCAGGGCAGAAGCAAGUGACCAUAGCCGUCAAAUUCGGUUUGAAAUCUUCAACACUGAGUGACAUUCUCAAAAAUAAGGACACUAUAAAGAGUAACGUUGAAGAUCCAGAAAAAGCUGCACGAAAAGCGGGAGAUGCCAAACGGAUUAGAAAGGUCUCAUACGACGAUGUGGACUAUGCACUGAUUCUUUGGUUCCGGCAAAAUGCCGGUUUACCGAAAAUCCGCAUUAACUCCGAGAUGCUUCGCCAGAAAGCUGAAUAUUUUGCAAAGGAAUUUGGUCACGAGGAUCCAAAGAUCACAACUGGCUGGGUUGACCGCUUCAAAAAACGUUGGGGGAUCGCCAAGAUACGCAAGUGUGGAGAGUCUGGUGGCGUCGACAUCACUGUUGUCGAAGACUGGAAAAGGGAGAAGAUAGCUGACAUUCUGAGACGUUUUAAAACAGAGGACAUUUUUAAUGCAGACGAAACUGGAUUAUUCUGGCAAAUGCUGCCAGAAAACACCCUGGGAUUUAUCGGCAAAAGUGUCCAUGGAAAAAACCAGCCCGAGCCACGCAUAACCGUUCUUGUUGGUGCCAACAUGGAUGGCUCCGAAAAGCUCCCUCUCUUCGUAAUCGGCACGAGUAAGCAGCCAAGGGCAUUUAAAGGCGUGAGGCAUCUACCCAAUGAGUACACAGCUAAUAGGAAGGCAUGGAUGACAAGUCUCCUGUUCGAGGACUGGCUGAAAAAACUCGAUGUUCGUAUGGGACGCUAUCAUCGUAAGAUAUGCAUGAUAGUGGAUAACUGUACUGCACACCCAAACGUGGGAUUGGACAACAUCGAGCUGGUUUUCCUUCCCCCCAAUACUACGAGUCACACACUGCCUAUGGAUGGUGGAAUUAUUCGCAACUUGAAGUUCUUCUACAGGCACAUCCUGGCAAACAGAAGGUUGCAGGCUGCCGAAAAGAAGGAAACCUUCAAGUGGGAUUUGCUGGACGCCAUGUUUGCCAUCAAAUCUGCAUGGGCCAACGUCAAGCAAAGCACAAUCCGAAACGUCUUCAGGAAAGUAGGAUUCGUUGCCGGUGAGGACGUAGAGGGCUCAGCUGACGUCGAAGUCAUGGAAGUGAUUCCAUCAACCUCCCAGGAAGAAUUAAACCCCACUCAACAUGUUGAAGUGACCCAAUUCCGGAAUAUUUGGUCCCGUCUUGCAGAGAUACUUGGAGAGGCCAUUCCGAACAGCCACGAAGAGUAUGUUGAUGUUGACGCAGCAGACAUGGAGGUACACCCCGUCUUAGAUGAUCAAGCAAUCAUAGAAUGUGUAAAGAACUCGGCUGAACAAUCUGAUGAGAGUGAUGACGAUGUCGUGGAAGUUGGAGCUGUAGGUGGAAUCCAGCAGCCGUCGGCCCCAUCGAUCUCCCAAGCCUACGAUGCACUGGACGUGAUCCGCCGCUUCACAGCCACUCUUCCAGAUUCCCGGGACACAACAGAGAUAUCCCGGUUGAUGCCCAUCUUUGACCGUGUCCUUCUGAUGGAGACACCAAGACGUUUAAAGCAGUCCGCAAUUACAGACUUCAUGAGUGAUUAGAUCGCCAAGUUCCCGACGUCUUGACUCGUGCAGCGAUAGCACUUCGUUUUAUGUUGGUUUUUGACUCUCUCUAUAGGCCUAGAGUUGAGGCUUCACUGAAUUCAUAAGGACGAUGAAACAGCGAUAAACUUUUAUACAGUAAACCUCGGAUAUAUCGGACUCGGAUAUAUCGGAAAUUCGCUCACAGCGGACAGAUAAAAAAAGAACCGAUUUUUCUGUAAUGCAUUUCCAAUAAAAAUUCAUUGCAUAUAUCGGAUUUUUUAUAACGGAUUUCGCCUAUUUCGGACAAAAUCUCCAGUCCCGUUCCAAUGCAUUUCCAUUAAAUUUCCCUCGCAUAUAUCGGAUGGCCGCAUCGUGGCGCUCCGAUUCGCCGAAUCGUGACAGGCCCUAUACGACGUCAUUUGCAGCGUUUGCAGCGUUGCCUGCGCGUCCAGAUACAUUGGAAACAUAGUCAAGGAAGUGCCUUUUUAUAACGGAUAAAAUCCGCAUAUAUCGGAUUUAUAUCCGGUAUAUGCGUAAAACUGACAUUUUCCGGUAUACGCAUAUAACGGAUUUCGCUUAUAUCGGACAAAACCAGUGGGAACAAUUGAAUCCGAUAUAUCCGAGGUUUACUGUACUCCCAAUGGGAUGGCUGAUUUAUUUUUACGUUCACGUUUCUAGGACUGGUUGACAUUAGCGAGGUUUAGAAACCAAACGAUAAACGUAAGUGCAAACGAUAAUGACGUCACAUGCUAUUGAAAUGUAUGGGAACUUGCCGACUUGUCAAUAGCCUGUGACGUCAUUAUCGUUUGCGUUUACGUUUAUCAUUUGGUUUCUAAACCUCCCUAAUAGCAACAAGAAGGCAUUUCUACAGAUUUGACAAUUUUUUUUUUUCGCUGUACAUGCUCAUGUACAUGUUUGUAAUUCAUACAAAGAUGUUACAGUAAACCUCGGAUAUAUCGGAAAUUCGCUCACAACGGACAGAUAAAAAAGAACCGAUUUUUCUGUAAUGCAUUUCCAAUAAAAAUUCAUUGCAUAUAUCAGAUUUUUUAUAACGGAUUUCGCCUAUUUCGGACAAAAUCUCCAGUCCCGUUCCAAUGCAUUUCCAUUAAAUUUCCCUCGCAUAUAUCGGAUGGCCGCAUCGUUAUGCUAAUCUUGUUGAUGUCACUGGCUAUUGUCUUUCUCCUGGCUCCAGAUUUAGGACAAAUAUAAAAGUGAGUGACGUCAAUAAUACUAGCACAGCAGUGAAUGAGAUCUUAACCUCACUAUUGGAAAUAACGUAGGCCUGACGGGCGUAACAGGGCCUAGCUUAAUUAACAAUUUGUUAUGCUCAGAGUCCAAUAAAGUUCAAUUCUCAUUACCUUACGUCUCUUUUCAUUGCCCAGUCCAGGUACAUUGGAAACAUAGUCAAGGAAGUGCCUUUUUAUAACGGAUAAAAUCCGAUUUACGCAUAUACCGGAUAUAAAUCCGAUAUAUGCGUAAAACGGACAUUUUCCCGUAUACGCAUAUAACGGAUUUCGCUUGUAUCGGAAAAAACCAGUGGGAACAAUUGAAUCCGAUAUAUCCGAGGUUUACUGUACAUGCUAUCCGGUCUUUGUACAAACGGGGCAGGAGUCUGGUCCGCAUUUCCAGUAGUAAGUCAAGCCUGUUUCCGGUAAACGUUGGCCUCCGCCAAGGCUGCCCUUUGUCACCCAUUCUGUUCAUAAUUUUCAUGGACAGAAUUUCUAGGCACAGCCAAGGUGUUGAGGGAGUCCGGUUCGGGGGCCUUAGAAUCUCAUCUCUGCUAUUUGGAGAUGAUGUGGUUCUUAUGGCUUCUUCGGGCUGCGACCUUCAGCGUUUACUGGGACGGUUUGCAUCUGAGUGUGAAACGUCUGGAACGACUGGAAUGAGACUCAGUACCUCCAAAUCAGAGGCCAUGGUUCUCAGUCGGAAAAGGGUGGAGUGCUCCCUCCGGGUUGGGAAUGAGGUCCUGCCCCAGGUGGAGGAGUUUAAGUAUCUUGGGGAAGGUGGGAGCGUGAGGUCGACAGACGGAUCGGUGCAGCCUCGGCAGUAAUGCGGUCGCUGUACUGGACCGUCGUGGUGAAAAGAGAGCUGAGCCAGAGGGCAAAGCUCUCAAUUUACCGGUCGAUCUAUGUUCCCACCCUCACCUAUGGUCAUGUGAUUUGGGUCGUGACCGAAAGAAUGAGAUGGCGGAUACAGGCGGCUGAAAUGAGUUUCCUCCGUAGGGUAGCUGGACUCACCCUAAGAGAUAGGGUAAGGAGCUCAGUCAUCCUGGAGGGGCUCAGAGUAGAGACACUUCUCCUUCACAUCGCUUGGGCAUCUAGUCCGGAUGCCUCCCGGACGCCUCCCUGGUGAGGUGUUCCGGGCAUGCCCAGCCGGGAAAAGGCCCCAGGGCAGACCUAGGACACGCUGGAGGGAUUAUGUCUCACAGCUGGCCUGGGAACGCCUUAGUGUCCUCCUGGUGGAGCUGGAGGAGGUGGCCGGGGACCGGGAAGUCUGGGCUUCCCUACUAAGACUGCUGCCCUCGCGACCCGGAUAAGCAGAGGAAAAUGGAUGGAUGGAAGUCCCUGUUGUUGUAGUUGAUAUAUGACAAGAAAUAUGUCAAAAAUAGUUAGGGCGCAGUGGCGUCAUUAGGCCCAAUUUAGGGACCCCCCUAACUAAUUUCAUAUGUUCAUGUAUUUUUUAAUGUAUUUUUUAUGUAUUCAUUAAUUUUUUAUGUAUUAUUUAUUUGUUUAUUUAUUUAUUUUUUACAAAAAAAUACAGACAAAUUCUAUAUAACAGGGCAAAAACAGGCUAAUACUAGCCUACUACUACUACUACAACUACUACUAGUAUUAGUAGUAAUAAUCAGAAGUAGAUAGAUAGAUAGAUAGAUAGAUAGAUAGAUAGAUAGAUAGAUAGAUAGAUAGAUAGAUAGAUAGAUAGAUAGAUAGAUAGAUAGAUAGAUAGAUAGAUGAAAUGUCAUAUAAUAAUAAAUAAUAAUGUGGAGAAUAAAUAGAUGACAUCAAAUAUGAACAAUGAUGAUAGUAAUAAUAAUAGGCUAAUGACUAAUAUAAUAAUGAUUAUUAUAUCAUUGAUCACUGUCCACUGGACAGAAUGGUUGCAGAGCUUGAGCAGCGGUUUUGCAGUGUAGAUUGUGUGUACUUGUGUACAUUUAAUGGUGGCAUAAAACUAUUGAAUAUCUCUACUAAAUCUGUCCAAAAGUGGGAAAGUUAUAUCCCGGUUUUUGUUCCUUAUUUGGAUUUUUUGGAAUGUCUACUACAUUCAUUCAUAUCCUGUGUAUCUCAGGAGGCUAAGCCCCCCCUGUCCUCAGAACCUAGUGACGCCCCUGACAGUUGCAUUAAGCUGCAUUAGGAUGAAGGAUUUACCUCCUAAAAUGCCGUCCUGUGUUUGCCCCCAAAGCAGAUGGGAACAGGAAAUGGAUUGUUUGGGCACCAGCUGCGGUCAUCCCAGGUUAAUUAGUAAAUGAUUCAGAUUAUAAUUCCCCAUUUUUACCCCCAUUAACGUCUUUUAGUGGCAGCACCUGCCGAAGCCAUGCAACAUCUUUUCUUUUAGUCAUAGCUUGUGAAAAGAGAAUCUCAGUUAAAGAAGUUUUUUGUUUCCCUUUCCUCUUUGAAUAAUUCGUCCUGAAGACCUCUUACGGAACGCAUCAUUGUGCCAACAGGACAAAGACGGUCAUAUUUGCUCCAGUUUUCUUGACUUUCGGCGCUGACUGCAGCUUUUAGUUGUAUACCCCCACCUCCUAAGGCAGCGUUCCUUCCCCCCCUUCCCUGUCACUACCCCGUCCAUUAGUGCUUUUGUCCCCCACCCCAAUGUGAUAUUUGAAUGUAAGCGUGCAAUGAUGGAUUCAUCUAGAGCAGGGGUCUCAAACUCAAUUUACCUGGGGGCCACUGGAGCUAGGGUCUGGGCAAGGCUGGGCCGCAUCAGGUUUUCAAAAAAAAAAAAAAACACGUAUUUGUUAAAAACAGAAAAAUAUACAAACUUUUUCAGUGCUUUGGUUCCGAUUUUCUACAAGAAAAGCUCUGAUAAAACAUUCCACUGUUCUCAAAUAUCUUACUUUUUAUUUUUCUGCACAAAAUAAGAUGAAAAACAAAUAAACAAACCAAGAAUCAAUUAAUCAGUAAUAAAUAAAUAUAAUAAUAAUAAUAAAACGGCAAAUAAUAAAAACUUAAGAAACCACAUAUAGUUGGUGGGUAGACAAAUUAUUUUUUUCAGAUUAAAAUGAACAAAGCAUUAUUAGAGCCCUGUAGACAUGACAAAACACGACUAUAGUCACAUUUAUACUCUUUUUAUUUACAACA